AUGGAGUGUGCUAUUGCCCAUUUAUCUGACCUGUCAUGUGAUUUCCAUGACAGUAAACUCCUCAAUGACUGCACAUUCCACACCUCACUCCUGGCCUGUGCUUUGGAGGUCAUAAUGGCAACCUAUGGUGGUGAGUCUCUCCAGUACCCACAUUCACUCACUGCUAAUGGAUGCAGUCAUCUGGAUGAACCUCAUAUAGAUCAUUCUACCGACCUUUAAUAGCUAUGUACUAACUUCUCAUAGAACAUUUCUAGUAAUAUUGAUAGAAUUAGAAAAAAACAUACAUGUUACAAUGUACAGUAUGUCGUUCCCUUUAAUAACAUUUAUAAACCAGAUCAUAAUCAAUAGAACCCAGAUGCGCUAUGAGUCAUGAUUUCACUAUCUGUUGUCCAAUCAGGGAGCUCCUUCAAGAACAGUGGCUACAGCAACGGUGGUAGUGUCCCCGUGGAGAUGGACCUGUGCUUCCCGUGGAUCCUGGAUGUGUUUCAGCUGACAGCGUUUGACUUCUACAAGGUGAUCGAGCGCUUCAUCAAGGCUGAGCCCAGCCUGAGCAAAGACAUCGUCAAGCACCUGGAGCGCUGCGAACACCUCAUCAUGGAGACCAUUGUCUGGAGAGGG